CAUCAAACUCUCCUUCUCUACCCUAAUAUUCGUCUCCUCACCGUAUUAAACACUGUUCUGCCCUGAAUCCGCAAAUCAUUUCUCCGCAAAUAGAAGUUCCCAUGGUUGAACAAACGAGCAGAACUCGAUGGGCGAGAAGUGAUCCAACUAUGGUCUCGAGAUCAAUAAAUCUUUUUACCUGCACCUUUGAAAGCAAGGGAAAGUCCUGUAUGAAAACCUUUAGCAGGCAGUGCGACCUUCGGUAAGUUACUUACAACGAUUGUGAUAAUCAAUUUCAUAAAUCUUCUAAACUAGACGCCAUCACAAGAACCACACCCGCCCAGCGCAAUGCCAGAAAUGCACCAAGAGAUUUCCUUCACCUAAAGACUUGGAGAGGCACAACAAUUCUGUACACGACCAUGCCAUCAAGUACUUUUGCACGCAGGACUGGUGCCGAGAUUCAGCUCAACUCGAAGGACCUGAUUCUCAAGCAUGGUUUGACUCUGGCUUCUCGAGAAAGGAUCAUUGGCAGAAACACAUGAAAGAUGACCAUAAUGCUUCUCGGGAUUUCAUGAGAGAUCUUUGGAAGAAUGGAACGUUGAUUGCGAGGCAAGUGGACGGGAAAUGGAAUCCUGUUUUUCCGAAAGUAUUUUAUAGGAAAUUGUUGCUCACUCGAAGUGAUUCAGAGGCCCCUUUGGGCUGA